ACGACGCCUCCAAAAACAAAACACACACGUCAUCCCACAAUUAGAAAUAGCUUACUCACAAACACUUCUUCAUAAGCAGAUAACACCUAGAUCGAACAAACUAGAAAGUAGUACCUUAUAACAUUGUUAAUUAAUGAAGGAAUCAGCCGGAACAGUACUGAAUCAGGCGGCAGCAGCAGUAGUAGUACUGGUUCCAACGGUCAUGAUGCUGUACACAUGUCAAGCGAUCAGUGGCAGCAACCUCGUCCAGUACCCCCUGAUCCUGGUCCCCGGCAGCGGCGGUAACCAGAUAGAAGCCAGGCUAACCAGUGGCUAUACACCGUCGAGCCUGUGGUGCAACCGGUGGUAUCCGGUUUCCAAAAGCAAGGACGGGUGGUUCAGAUUAUGGUUCGACCCCAGCGUGCUGUUUGCUCCUUUCACCGAGUGCUUCGCCGAACGCAUGACUCUUUACUAUGACCCGGACACCGAUGAUUACCAUAAUGCCCCUGGGAUCCAAACCAGGGUCCCUCAUUUUGGCUCCACCCAGUCGCUGCUCUACCUAGAUCCUCAUCUCAAACAAAUAACAGAGUACAUGAGACCCCUAGCGGAGUUACUUGAGCAAAUAGGCUACGAGAAUGGAAAGACACUCUUUGGAGCCCCAUACGACUUUCGAUAUGGUUUAGCCCCAGACGGCCAUCCAUGCCAUGUUGGUUCCAAGUUUCUACAAGAAUUAAAAGAAUUAAUAGAGAAGGCAAGCUCAUCCAAUGGAGGGAAGCCGGUAAUACUAGUGUCGCACAGCUUAGGAGGGCUAUUUGUACUCCAACUUCUCAACAGAAACACCCUCUCUUGGCGCCAAAAAUUUGUCAAACACUUGGUCGCGCUCUCAGCCCCGUGGGGCGGCACGGUCGACGAGAUGCUCACGUUUGCUUCGGGGAAUACACUGGGAGUUCCUCUUGUUGAUCCAUUGCUAGUGAGGCAAGAGCAAAGGAGUUCGGAGAGCAACUUAUGGCUGAUGCCUAAUCCCAACUUUUUUGGUCGUGAAAAGGCGUUGGUGAUCACUCCUAGUGCCACAUAUUCCGCACACGACAUUCCCAAGUUUCUAAACGACAUUGGAUUUAGUGAGGGGGUUUAUCCUUAUAAAACGCGCGUUUUGCCUCUGAUGGACCAGCUAUCGCCACCGGGGGUUCCCCUUACUUGUGUUAUUGGAAGUGGGGUUAAGACACCGGAGACUUUGUUCUAUGGGCAAAGUGGUAAUUUCGAUGAGCAACCGGAGAUUGUUUAUGGAGAUGGAGAUGGGACGGUCAAUAUGGUGAGCUUGUUGGCUCUUGAAUCCCUGUGGGGUCAUGAUCAUGAUGAUCAUGUGAUGAAGAAUCAAACGCUUAAGAUGAUCAAAGUUCAUGGAGUUUCUCACACGUCUAUACUGAAAGAUGAAGAUGCACUUGCUGAAAUAGUGGGAGAGAUCCGAGAUAUCAAUAACCAGCUGAUCCAGGGUCAUAAUUAUACAAUGAAUGGUAUCAGUCAGUGAAAACUGACGAAACUUGAUUGUUUGUUUUGAUCUACACCUUAUAAUUGCUUUUUUUUAUUCUUUAGAGCAAUUAUCUACAUGUGAUUUUAUAUACUUGAUUAUAACCACUCACCAAGCUAUUAAUUCGUACAGGUAAUAUAAAUAAUGGGUUUAAACUU